CUGUUUACAAAUACGACGAGAGCAUGCAUGCGAAUGUCGGUUUCGCUCGCACUUCGUUCAACCGAAAUUUUGUGAAUAGUUUUUCAAUUAUUUUACCGGUAAAUUUAGUGCUAAAAUCAUGAAAUUUUCAACAACCAACGCCAAAUGCGCGUCCUACGUGGGAAAACAUACGUUGUUCAUCGGAACCCACACGGGAUCGUUCAAAAAGUUGGAACCGUUCCAGGAUCAGCCGUACCGCCAGUCGAAUCUGCAGCAAAUCUCCGUUCUGGAUAAAACGUCCAAGGUGACGUGCUUGGCUUUUGGCAACAAGGAGCAAACGGAAAUCCUUCUCGGUAGGGCCAAUCACUUUGUGAAGGUGUUCGACUGCAACAGCGAGGAUAACACCUCAAGCUUCGAGGUUGGCGGAGAGGUCGUCGGUUUGGGGAGGUCCAAUGGCUGUAUCGUAGCGGGAACCUCCGACGGGACGGUCAAAAUCGUCAAGUCAGAAUCGGUCGAAUUCUCCACUGGAGACAAUAUGUGCAAGCUACGCGUUUGCCAGGAGGACCCCAACCUGAUAGUAACCGGUGGAAAGGGCCUCAAACAUAUAGUAAAAGUUUGGGAUCUGGAACAACAGAAGGUAACCUUCGCAGCGAAAAACGUUAAGAAGGACAUGUUAGACCUAGAACAACCCGUUUGGGAGAACGACGUGGUCUUCCUGGACAAGAACACAGUGGCAUCCUGUUCGCGGCAUGGCUACGUACGGGUGUACGACUUGCGUGGCCAACAGCGUCGCCCAGUCCAAGGCUACGCCCCGCCGGAAGGUAACGAUGAUCAGCUUUCGUUCACCUGUUUGACCAGCCACGACGGGUAUCUGUACGCCGGAACGACAACCAUUGGAGCCCGCGUUUUCGACAUCCGUCGCAUGAAGGAUCACAUUCACGUGUACAAAGGUUUUACCGGAACGGUCACGAGUAUAGAUGUGGACUCGACCGGAAGCUACAUUUUCACGUCCUGUCUGGAUAGGUAUGUCCGCGCUCACAACACCCAGAAAACGGCCAUGGUGUACCAGUGCUACGUAAAGUCCAAACCAACGCAGAUACUGUGCACAGACUACAAGGAACAGGUUACUGAGGAGGACGACGAUGACUUGGUGCUCGUCGAGGAUGCUAAGGAAGAGGACGUCGAUUCGGAAUACGAGGACAUGUUUGCUAAAAUGCAAACCGUGAGCGAUAAAGUUGCAUCCAAGAAGAGGAAACUUGACACCGUUCAGGAUGAAGGAGCGAAAAAGAAAGCACCCAAGAAGAAAGGAAAGAAGGUCAAAUAAAAGCUUGGAGAGGUAAGUCAAUAAAACAAGUUUUCCUUUGGUAGAACAA